ACAAAGGGGGUUGGGUUGUGGGGUUAGUUUAUUUUUGUGGUGGAAUUUGUUGUUGGUGGGAGUUUUCGGGUUGAGGGGCGAGGGGUUUGGGUAAGCGAUAGCUGGCGAGGGUGGGUUUGGUCAGCGAACGCUUCCACCGCAUUGUUUCCCGGCUUCAAGAUGUAUAGCUGAGAGGAAACGGUCAGAGAAGAGACAAGUAAGACUAGGGUGUCGUCCGGAUAGCUGGUCGUCGUCGUCGUCGGGAGAAGAUCUGCGGCUUCGCCGGCGGAAAUGAGCGCGUCUCGCUUCAUCAAAUGUGUCACGGUUGGGGAUGGUGCCGUUGGUAAAACUUGUAUGCUGAUUUCCUACACCAGCAACACAUUCCCCACGGAUUAUGUGCCAACUGUUUUUGACAAUUUCAGUGCAAAUGUUGUUGUGGAUGGGAGCACUGUUAAUCUAGGAUUGUGGGAUACUGCUGGACAAGAGGACUACAAUAGAUUAAGACCUUUAAGCUAUCGUGGUGCUGAUGUGUUCCUUUUGGCCUUCUCUCUCAUUAGCAAGGCUAGCUAUGAAAAUGUUGCCAAGAAGUGGAUUCCUGAACUGAGGCAUUAUGCACCUGGGGUUCCAAUAAUUCUUGUUGGAACAAAGCUUGAUCUUAGGGAUGAUAAACAGUUUUUUAUAGACCACCCCGGUGCAGUGCCUAUUACCCCAGCUCAGGGAGAAGAGCUGAAGAAGUUGAUUGGAGCACCUGCCUACAUAGAAUGCAGUUCAAAAACGCAGCAGAAUGUUAAGGCAGUCUUUGAUGCGGCCAUAAAAGUGGUGCUUCAGCCACCCAAGCAAAAGAAAAAGAAGAAGAAGGCACAGAAGAGCUGCUCCAUUUUGUAAUCAAGGAAAGAAUAGAUGUGAAAGGAAAGAUAACCCCAAUCAGUCAAUCUUUCCUGUAUUCUCUCCCAUGAUGUUCGUUUACUCUUUCUCUACCUCUCAAGGAAACUGCAGGCCUUGGUGUAUAGUCUUCAACUGACAGUUGUUAGGGAGCUUCUCUGAAAAGAAUCCGGUGGUUUGUGUCUUGCUUUCUUGGUCUUUGUGGUCUGCAGUGGAUGACUCAGCAUUACGUGGUAACAUGCGUAUAUUAACCAGAUGGGAGGAGGAUCCCCAUCUGUUAUCCAUUUGUUUUUUUUUUGGAUUUAGAAUUAUAUUCUCAUACAUUAACCAGAUGGGAGGAAGACCCUCAAUCUGAAAGAAACAGCUGUUUCAUUGCAUGAACAUGGAUUAUAUUCAUAUUUUGUAUUGGUAUUUAAAAAAUACUUCGAAAGGUUGGCUACGUUUGUGGA